AUGUCUGACGAUCCAGUGCCCCUAGCAUCUUUAUCACUUACCCACGUCCACUAUGACCCCUCCGAUCCCAUAUCCUACCUCUGCGCCUGGCUGGCCCUGAUCCCCCAGGGGCUAUGUGUCAUGUACGCGACGCUAAUCUGGUCGACCCGCGAGAUCGAAAUAGCGCUUCUGUUCGCGGGCCAGCUCGCCUGCGAGGCCCUCAACUUUGCGCUUAAGCGAUUGAUUAAGGAGGAGCGACCCCGUCGCAUGAACGGGAAGGGUUAUGGAAUGCCAAGCAGCCACGCGCAAUUUGUCGCGUACUUCGCCGUCUCGAUAACCCUAUUUCUACUACUUAGACACCAACCGCCAAGUCCCAGAGUCAGGAAACGGAAUCAUACGCCGAUGAGUCUGCUUGAGAGGACUGGAUGGAGCGCGAUUGGGGUGGGUAUGGCGGCUGCAGUUGCAUGGAGCCGGGUAUACCUAAACUACCAUACUGAGAAACAGGUUCUCGUAGGCACUGCCGCCGGGGUGGUGAGCGCCGUGGGUUGGUUCAUUAUUACGACUAUAAUACGGCGGUCGGGCUGGUUGGCAUGGGCAUUGGACACACCUAUAGCCAGGUUCUUCCGUGUCAGGGACCUCGUUGUGGAAGAAGAUCUAUGCCAGGCCGGUUGGGAGAAAUGGGAUGAUAAGAUGACAGCACAAAAAGCUAAGCGAAAACACAAGUAA